UCAACGACUUAGUUAAUCAACAUGCAUUUAAAAAAACACAAAAGUGAACACGUGAAACCCGAAACACAACUCAAACAAAAGAAUCUAAAUUGAUAUAUAUACACACACACACACGUACACAUAUAUAUGACAAAUAAUAUAAUCCACUGUAUAAACAUUUAUGCACAUGCCUGUGUGAGCCUGUGUGGCUAAACAUAAAUCUAAAAAUAAAGCGCCUGAAAAAUGUGCAAAAUAGUACAAAAAUAAAAAAAAACACAGAGAGAACAACACGCAGAUAACCAAACGGUUUAUGACCGCUCAAAAAGGGUUUAAACAUAUUUCAACAUGGAAUUUUCAAGUGUAUUAAAACUGUAUGUUUUUUUUUUUGCCGCUUGCUGCUGUUGUUCCUGUUAUGCUGUGUGUAAAAAGUGUGUGCACUAAAUCAUACUAUUUGAUGAUUUAUAACAGAUGGAUAGGACCUGUGGAACUGUGGGUGGCUCCUAUUUGGCUGCGGGCAGAAUUUGACGGCUGCAGGUAUGAAACAUUUGGUGAGCCCAAAGACAAGAGCAAGUGUGGAAUGCAAAGCAAGAACUCAAGUGUGGGGUAUUCAUUCAUAAAAACAAGCGUUACUUGCAGUCCACACAGCAAAGACAGGCAAAAGCAAAAGGGCUGCAAGCUUGAGAGAGUGAAAGAGCGAAAGCUUUGCAGCGCUGCAGAGUCAACAAGUAUUAUGGUGCCAGCUGUUCCAGUGGAUGCCAUGUGGAUGCCAUGUGCAGUACACCAGUUGCGCCUUGUGGAACGCAGGGCUCGUUUACUGCGGGAACAGCUGUUCGGGGUGCUGCUGCCGCUGCUGCCGCUGCCACCGCAUUGGCUACACGUUCGUCAGGCGCGCAGGAAACAGCUCCAUGUUGCUGUCAGCGUAGCCAACAGCUGGUCACAGUUUUCUUCAGCUUUUCAGUUGGCUUUCCAUUGCGGCGCCGCACGCACGUGUCUCGGCAACGCCACGGGUCUGCAUCUGGAUAUCAAGUAGCUGUCUCUGUUUCGGUUCUCGCUUCGCGCUGCGCUGCGUGUUUUGUGUGUGGCCAAAAGUUUUCAAAACAGAAAAUAUACAGCACAAAAAUUGAUUGUAAAAAAAAUAUAAGGCAUAUAAAUUGAAAAAUCUUGGAAUAUUGUUGCGCUCGCCUGCAGCUGACAUAAAAUUGAUGUGAUUUUUGUUGUUCAAACAAAGAUGAUAAAUGCAGCCCGCGUCUUGACUUUAAUUGAAAUCGUGUAAGCGCCGCAGACAGCUGCAACUAAGGCGUGCUUCAGUUUGCGGAUUUUGAUGAGCUACAGCAACUGGACAAAGCGACCAAUUUUAAUAUUGGAAAAUCGAAGAGAGACAAAAAGUAAUAUUAAUGAGGAGGCAGAGUUUGGGUCUGGGCAUGUUGACAGCGCACAGCUGAAGCACAACGAAGCAGUCAGUGCCACAAAACCACGCAGCACAGAGCUUGAGCGCCAGGAGUAGUUGUUACAGGAGCGGAGGCGGCUUUUGGCCAGCCUGAACACGGGCGUAAUCAAGCGAACAGCCACCUGCCGGACGAUCAGCCGACCAAAAUUGACAACAUGGUCACGAACAUGUCGCAGCCGCAUUAUUGCGGCGCCAGCGUCGAUGAUUUUCACACAAACUAUAAAUAUAUUCAUGGCUACUUCUCGCUCAUCGUCUGCAUUUUGGGCACCCUGGCCAACACACUGAAUAUCAUUGUGCUGACCCGUCGGGAGAUGCGUUCACCUACAAAUGCGAUACUCACGGGCCUUGCGGUGGCCGAUCUGGCCGUCAUGUUGGAGUAUAUACCCUAUACGGUGCAUGAUUACAUACUCAGCGCGCGUCUGCCGCGGGAGCAGCAGCUCAGCUACAGCUGGGCCUGCUUUAUCAAGUUUCACUCGAUUUUCGCACAGGUUCUCCACACCAUCUCAAUUUGGCUAACAGUUACGCUGGCCGUCUGGCGCUACAUAGCCGUCAGCUACCCGCAGCGCAAUCGCAUCUGGUGUGGCAUGCGGACCACAACGAUAACCAUUGCCACAGCUUAUGUGGUUUGUGUGCUGGUGGUAUCGCCGUGGCUUUACCUUGUCAGCGCUAUAGCCAAGUUUCUGGAGACUCUCGAUGCCGAUGGCAAGACGAUUAAGUCGGUGCCCUUAAGUCAGUAUAUUUUGGACUACAAUAACGAGGAGCACAUCACGAUGCAGGUGCUGUCCAGCACCACGCCGGACAUGGCCUGGCCACUGGCUCCGGGCAGCAGCAACACCACAGCCGUCAGUUUGAUAAGUCCCUUCACAGAUCUGCCCACAACAACAAUGACAACAACCACAUUGCCAUACGACGCGGGAGAGCGCAAUGUGACGGUUUAUAAAUUAUACCACAGCGAACUGGCGCUUCACGAUCGCCCACUGCGCAAUGCCACAUUUCUCAUCUACAGCGUGCUGAUUAAGCUGAUACCCUGCUUUGCCUUGACAGUGCUCUCGGUGCGGCUGAUUGGCGCCCUGCUGGAGGCGAAAAAGCGACGCAAGAUACUCGCCUGCCAUGCGGCCAAUGAUAUGCAGCCUAUUGUCAAUGGCAAAGUGGUGACACCUAGCCAGCCCAAGAGCUGCAAGCUGCUGGAGAAGGAGAAGCAAACGGAUCGCACCACGCGAAUGCUGCUGGCUGUGCUGCUGCUGUUCCUCAUCACAGAAUUUCCACAGGGUAUUAUGGGUUUGCUGAAUGCGCUGCUCGGCGAUGCAUUUCUCAUGCAGUGCUACCUAAAGCUGAGUGACCUAAUGGACAUCUUGGCACUUAUUAAUUCGAGCAUCAAUUUCAUACUCUACUGCUCGAUGAGUCGACAGUUCCGCAGCACGUUCACGCUGCUUUUCCGACCGCGCUGGCUCGACAAAUGGCUUCCGUUGUCGCAGCAUGAUGGCGAUGCCAGAGAUGGUGCCGGCGGUCGCCUCGAUGGCUAUGGCAGACAGCGUCUGGUGCAUACGGAUGCUGUUAGCAAGAGCAUGGCCAUUGAUCUGGGUCUGACGACGCAAGUGACAAAUGUGUAGCAGGAGUGCAGCAGGGCAGUGUCAACAACAAUAACAACAACAACCACAACGGCGGCAACCGGCGUAGCUGCAGCGGCAAUGACUGAAACAGCGCCUGAUGUUGAUGGAUGCGCCAACAAAAUUGGCGCUACUGAUGACAUCUGCGUGGUUGAAAUGCUGCAGCCAAACGACACUGUCACAAACAAUAAACUACCCAACAGCAGCAGCAGUAGCAGUAGCAGACGGCUAGCAGGGCGGGAACGCACAGCAAGGGAGGGACAUCGUCGACGUUGCAGCGUGGGCGGCAAAUGCAUCUGGCCAGCCAGUGACUGGCUGCGCAAGUUGCGAAACAAGCAGCCGCAGCAAGAGCAGGAGCAGCUGCCGCGGGAGUCACGCAGCAGACGCGGCAGCGUGCUGCUGAUGGUGCUGCUCAGCGGUAACGAGAUGGAGGCAAAGGCGGUGGUUGUCAGCGAACAGCAGGCCGUAAUGAGGAAGUCGCAACCGCAGCGACUAGCUCGCUUGGCAACCGAUGACAUGGACGAAGCCAUCGAUGCGCUGUGGCUGUGAAUAAAGCAACCACAGCCAUGCAACGAAAACAACAACAACAACAACCGCACUCUUUACACGUGUAUUUGAAUAUUAUCUAGCUGGUAAGACCAAUCACAAUUUGUUAAACACCCGUUGCCAAUUUUGGCCAGCGUUGCACGCACGAAUCGAGCCCCUCGCGUGUGCAGCGCUCCGCCAAAUUUCGGCUGUGGGGUCUUUUUAACAGUUUGAUGGUGCAUAAGUUUCUCUAAGUGAUACUUGACAUAGUUUAUUAGUUUCUAAGUGCAAAGCGUAUGUAAUAUAAACAUUUAAUUAUAGUUCAGCUUAUGCUAAGGAUGGGCCAAUCGAAAUGCCUUUGAGUUUUCCUCAAAAUUGGUGAGCCUUGGUUGUCAGUAAGCAUCUUACGCUAAGUAUCUUUAUAUAACAAUGA